AUUAUAGUGCGGGUUAAUAGCUCGAGUUCUGUUAUUCCUGUUACUAAAAUAAUUUUAAUAGCUUCCGGAGACUAAGACUAACACGUGUCUGAAAACGACAACCGUGCCUAUAUUAGACUCCUUAUGUAACUAGUAUUUGAAUCUGAAUUUGAAACUCAUCCCCAUGGCCGUCGACCAUUUUCCUCGGCUAAGCAUUACUUUUACCAAGCCUUCCUAACUACAUCCUUCUCUAUAACGUUACCGAAUAUUCACGGCAAUUUCUCAACAAGCGAAAGUUAACGGCAAUUUCGGGUCCUUGUCCUGCUUACGGAACAUCCUUAAAGCUGUGAACACUUACUAAGACAUUUUGGAGUCAACAUUGUGCUUCUCUUCUGGGAUUCAGUCAAUUUAUCAAUUGUCUACCCGAAGAGACGAAUUGGUUGACAAAAACCAGUUAAACAACCCUGUGACCACAUAUAGGUCACAUUUGUGCUGUUCCACGUAAAAAUGGUACAAUCUUUACCAGACUCUGUCUGGGACUCUAUCCGAGGUACAAUUGAAGAGUUUAUCAAUGACACGGAGCAUGUGUGCACGGAAUUAGGAUAUGAAAUGGGUCCCGAAGGGAUCCAGUCAUUCAUUACAGAGACAUUGAACACUCGAAAGUUUGAUCUGACAAGUGAAGCCGAAAAACUGAAAACACAAUGUGCUCAAUUGCUUGAUUCCAUCAGUAUAAUGACUUCUGCAAUGCAUAUGGAAUUUGAGGCGGAGGUAGAACCUCCGUUAAAACAGUGCUUUCGUCGGCUGUCGAGGGAAAAAGAAGCCUUUGAACAUACGUUCUUGGAAAAGCAAGAGACGGCUCAUGACCUUUACUCCAAAUUAAAGGCUUUAUACGAAGAAUUGGGAGAAAAAUGUGUCAUUUCUCAAUUUGAUGGAAAAAUGUUCUCAGAUGUAUCUGACGAAUUCCUCAACACGCUCCAACAAACUGUUGAAAAGGCGGCAGCAGAGGUUCAUGAGAGAACGGAAUUGAUACACAAGCUUCACGACAAAAUUCGCCGUUAUCACGACGUCUUAGGAAUCCGAAAAACACUGCCUUCUAAAACAAUCUACUUGAGCAAUGUUCGCUCACUUGUGGAUCAAGCUCGUAGACUGAAGUCAGAGUACCACGAACGAAAGGAGCGCAAGGAACGAAUUGUUACUGACGUUCAUUCUUUGCUGACUUCACUUAAAAUCAAGCCUAACAUCCGCGUGAGCGAGUCGGAUUUGAGCGUGAAUGCUUUGAAAGCCUGGGAACUCGAAAGACGGCGGUUGCUUGGCAUCAGUAAUAUUCGAUGCAAAAAAGAAAUUGAAGUGUUACAACAAAAGCACGCAACUCUCUCCAAAGUUCUGUUUAUCUCACGCAAGACACAUAAACAAGUCGCAGCCGAAACAUCUAGCGAUGAUUUACGUCCUAUUGUGGAAAGUUUGAAACAAACAAUUAACCACAUGACAGUUGAACUUCGUCUUCGUGCUGAUCUUACUCCUCUUGUUAAACGAUACCUUACCAUGGAAAAACAGUUGAUAGGUCUCAACGGACAUGAGCGGACGACCAAUAAGUCGAGACUUUCGCACUCGAAGCUUCGCAAGGAUUUCCUUAUCUUGCGAGCUCAACUGGCAAUUAAGCUUCAGGACUGGGAAGAAGAGAACGAAACCGUGUUUUACGUGUUUGGUCAGCCGCUAAAGCAAAUGCUCCAUCAACCUUUGCAACUAGAGGAAGAUGAACCUGAACCAAAAGCUGCCCAGGACAAAAAGCCCGUCCCGGUAUUGACUAGCCGCAUUAAACGUCCUUCCGUCUUUCAUCGUUUGUCUAAGCCGCGCACGAAAAAUGAAGCCGUGCCUGCGAAUCGUUAUUCACCGUCACCUUCUCGUCUUCCUGCUUUAAGUCGUUGCUCUUCCGCAAGCACAACUUCCACGUCUAACAGUUCAUUCUCCCACAGACCGUCGGAGAAAAAUACCCCUGUCAAGAAUACUGAAAAAGAAAUUCCGGAAGUCCAUCGCCCAUACUCUUCCUUCUCCCGAACGCUUCGUGAAAUGCUUCAUGAAGUCGUCAACAACAAAAAUGCUCAUAGAUUGAGUGAGGACUUUGACAAGCCUCGUUCUUCUAUCACUCCUUUCCAACGGAUUUUUUCGCGUGACAUGGAUGAAUGGGAGACAUGUUCCAGUUUGGUUGACCCUAACGAAAGCUUUGAUUCUCUGAAUUCACAAUUGUCUGCCAUGGGUAUAUCCUCUGAAUCGUCUUUCGAACCGCAACAAUAAAAAAAAACAAAAAGACUGUUCCAAUCGUCAAUCUCAUGCAUCACAGCCUAUACCCCAAUGACACUCGUUUUCUUAUAACACGCUGAUACCAUGUAUAUUUUAUUGUUAUACCAGAUGCUAACGAUGGGAAAACUACCGCAAAAAUAAAAUUGUAUGAAGUAUUCACAUGAAAAGGUUUGUUGAAGAAGUUGUAGAGGGACGAAAAGAUACAAACACACUGAUUCAAUGACCAUUUUCAGCGUUUUCUAUGCCAAAUGUACAAUCAAAAUGCUGUCGUCUCUGUUACUGCAGCUGUUCAUUCUUUACUCUAGUCUACCUAUGUAUUAAUGAACGACAUUUUCGUA